AUGAGUCAGGUGGUUUGCACAAAGUCCCAGGAGGAGUAUGAGGACGACUUUGAGAAGGAUCUGGACUGGUUGAUCAGUGAGGAAGGCCGGAGUGAGGACCAGGGUCCCGACUAUGAUGACAUCGAGACAGAAAUUGACAAAGAACUGGAGGAGGAUGAGAAACAGCAAGAAAUGAAGCAAAAGGAGAAAAGAUACAAAGAAGAGAAGACAGAUAACACAACAGAGGAGAUGGAAGAAGAUGAAGAGAGGUGGCCCUCACCUAUGGAGCCAUUGGAGUACGACCCUGACAGAGACAGCCCAAAUAAGUCAUCACCUAUAGUCCCACCUCCUCCAGGGGAGGAUGAGCAGACAGAUGAGGAGAAGAAGUACAUUCUGGAGAAGAUCGAGCAGGCUAACCGGGAGCUGCAGGACCAGGAAGCUCCAGAUAUGACGAGGCGCAGGCGGCUGCAUUUUAAAGAGACGCUGGUGGACCUGGUGGUGCCUCCCCUGCAGUUUGGGAAAGAUGGCAAAAGCGAUGGGUUGGAAGGGGGAAAGGAGAACAAGGCUAAAGCGAAGGAUACGGAGGCAGAGACUGAAGUGUCAGGGAAGCUGUCUGAGCUAAAACUUUCUCCUCGGGAAGAAAGUGUAGGAUCCGGAGAAUCUGGCAGGGCUUGGGGGAGCAGUGAUGGAGGGCAUGGGGUAAAGGAGGGCAGAGUCCUUGUAGAAAAAGAUGGGAAGUUUGACCUGGUCAGCUUGAAAGAGGUGGAGAGUCAAGGACUGCUCCCUCCUAUCGCAAGCAACUACAGCGACUACUCACGUCUCCAGGGGCAGACUAUGAGCUCAACUAAGAUCCACAGUUCCUCCUCCUCUCCUCGUUUUCGUGCUGGCUCUUCCCCCUUCCAGCAGGGCGUUGAUCACCUCCAGGCCCCCAGACCUCCAGUGCAGCCCAGGAACAGGCCCAGCUCAGCCAGCCACAGCCAGAGAGGCAGCCAGAGGAAAGGCAGCAAGCGGCGGGUGCAGUCAGCCACUGGGACACCCUUCCAGGCCACCUACGCCCUCUCCCCCCAGCAGAAAGAGCUGCUGUAUAGGAUCCAGGAGAGGAAGGAGAAGCUGGCCAGAGAGGCAGAGCAUAGAAAACAUGAGGAGGAGGAGCAGAAGAGGCAGGAGAAUGAGCUGGCGUUCAAAGCCUGGCUGAUGAGGAAGAGAGAGCAGCUACAGGAGGAGAGAAGGAUCCACCGAGCUCAGGAGAUGGAGAGGAUGAAUUCUAAGAAAGACUCUUCGCACAGUGACUCAAAGGAGGCUUUUAGGCUGUGGCUUCGGAGGAAGCAGGAGCAGCAGCAGAGAGAGAGACAGCUGGUGGAGCUGCAGAAGCUCGAGGAGAACGAUGGUUGCCUCUUACGCAGCCGGGAGGAGUGUGAACGUGCCUUCAAACUGUGGGUGAAGCGAAAGCGGGCGGAGAAGCGAGCGGAGCAGCAGGUGGCGCGAGAGCGCUCCCGCAGGUUGGUGCUGGAGGAGCAGCGAGCCCGACGUAUGAGGGACCUGCUGUGUACUGUCAAUGAAACCAAGCCAUUCAGAUUCACUGAGCAACUGGCCUACCGCUUCUGAACCAAACACACCCGACAAGCCCGCUGAAUUCACGCAGCAUCACCUAAAACUGGAUUAGAUUCUACUUUGAUGCUGUGAAUCCGCUCAUAUAGUAAUUUAAUCUCAGACCAUACAACACAAGACGGUGUGGAACACAAGACAUAGUUCAUUCUGUGUUCAGUUGUUGAUAGGGUUUUUGUUUUGUCAUUUCGAUUCCUGUGCUUCGUUAAAGCACAUUUCUUUAAAAAAAAGUUUACCGCAGUGACCUCCACUCAGUGUGACGAUACCUGGAUAAAUAAUUAAUCUAAAUUAAUAUAAAUUGUGAUAAAAUGUGUUGACUAAAUUAUUUUUUGGUUUAUUUACAGGCAGAUGCACUUUAUUAUAAAUGGAGCUGUUAACAAACUGCUGUGCUGCGCAGAUUCGAUACAAAGGCAGAACCAGUUCUUACUGUUUGCCUUUUAUCAGAGAAUUUGCUUACAUUAAUAUAAUACAAGGAUACAUUACAUUUUGUGAGCGGUUACUUAUACUGAUGUACCUGUAAAGGAAUUAAAUAUAUAUCUGUAAGAAGAAAGUACUGUAGUAAAUAUGCCUACUGUUUGAUGAUGUGAAACAGAAAAAACAAAUCAUUUUCUUGACAU